AUGAAAUAUGACAAACCUAACAUCGUCCUGAUAUUGGCCGACGACUUGGGAAUUGGAGAUUUGGGCUGUUACGGCAACGACACCCUAAGGACUCCUAACAUUGAUCGCUUGGCCCAGGAAGGUGCCCAGCUGACACAGCAUAUCUCAGCUGCCUCCUUGUGUAGCCCCAGCCGAUCUGCCUUCCUGACUGGCAGGUACCCCAUCCGGUCAGGCAUGGUUUCUAAUGGCAGUAAGCGUGUCAUCAGAUCACUUGGAGUCCCCUCAGGCCUCCCUCAUAAUGAAACUUCAUUUGCAGCCUUACUAAAGGAGGAAGGAUACAGCACAGGAAUCAUAGGUAAAUGGCAUCAAGGCUUGAACUGCGAGUCCCGGAGCGACCACUGCCACCAUCCGUACCAUUAUGGGUUUGAUUACUUCUAUGGCAUGCCGUUUUCACUCUUUGAGCCCUGCUGGCCAGACCCUUCGCGGAACACUGAACUGGCCAUUGAUGGUUGGGUCUGGCUGUGCAUCCAGUUGGUCACUGUCACUGCCGUCACCCUUACCAUCGGGAAGCUGAGUGGCUGGAUCACGGUUCCUUGGCCCCUCAUCUUCGCCAUGAUCCUGUUUAUUGUCCUCAUGGCCUACGGUUGGUUCUCCAGUUUCCAGUCCCCUUUGUACUGGGAUUGCCUCCUCAUGCGAGGCCAUGAGAUCACGGAGCAGCCCAUGAAGGCAGAGAGAGCUGGAUCCAUCAUGGUGAAGGAGGCCAUUUCAUUUCUAGAAAGGUACCAUGAAGGACCUUUUCUGCUCUUUUUCUCUUUUCUUCACGUGCACACGCCACUCCCCACCACGGAUGCAUUCGUAGGGACCAGCAAGCAUGGUCUAUACGGAGACAACGUUCAAGAGAUGGACUCCAUUGUGGGCAAGAUUCUUGGUGCCAUCGAUGAUUUCGGUCUAAAAAACAGCACUCUUGUCUACUUUGCAUCAGACCAUGGAGGGCAUUUGGAGGCUAGAUGGGGUCAUGCUCAACUUGGUGGAUGGAAUGGGAUAUACAAAGGUGGAAAGGGCAUGGGAGGCUGGGAAGGUGGCAUUCGAGUCCCAGGAAUUUUCCGGUGGCCAGAAAAGGUACCAGCUGGUCAGAGGAUUGAAGAACCUACAAGUUUAAUGGAUGUCCUUCCAACGCUGGCAUCUGUGUCGGGAGCGAGUCUCCCUCAGGACAGGGUGAUUGAUGGCCAUGACCUCAUGCCAUUGCUGCGUGGGGACGUCCAACACUCAGAACACGAGUUUUUGUUCCACUACUGUGGCUCCUACCUGCAUGCUGUGCGGUGGCAUCCCAAAGACAACGGUGGGGCUGUUUGGAAGGUGCAUUAUGUGACACCCGUGUUCCAGCCACCGGGAGCCCAAGCCUGCUAUGAGAUUAAGUUGUGUGAAUGCUCUGGAGAUCUGGUGACCCAUCACCACCCUCCCCUGCUCUUUGACCUCUCCAGGGAUCCAUCAGAGUCCACACCCCUGACGCCUGAGACAGAGCCUCGGUAUGACAUGGUGAUUAACACGGUGGCCAGUGCCCUGGAGAAACACCAGAAAUCCAUCAUUCCUGUCCAGGAGCAACUGUCAGAGUUAAAUCAGGACAGGAUACAGCUGAAGCCUUGCUGUGGUGUAUUCCCCUUUUGUCUGUGUGACAAGGAAGGGUAA